CUUGCAUGAUUUGGCAUCGAGCACUCGUAGAACUUGGUUCCUACUCUGUGAAAUCGAACAGGUUGAGCUGCACUGGUCGAUAGGAUACACAUGGGUCCAUACGGCAAGGAUAAUUGGGAUAACUACUAAGGUAAUUCAUUGGCCAACCCAAGUCUUAAUGACGGAGCUACUCCCACUCGUUUAGGGGAGGCGAGGACUUGCUGUAUAUAUAGUCUCCAGCCUUAGCUUUCUUUGAAGCUCUUCAGCUGGCCAUAGGUAACAGUUAACAAUGACAACAAGCUCAGGGUAGCUCGCCCCUGGCUAGUGCUGUGAUCCACUAAAACUCCCGCGCCCGAUAAGCACUCGACAAGCCUUAUCGGACAUCUUUCCAUCGCCGACCUGGACGUCAUCGCGAAUACAACACGUAGCUUCUCUCGACGGUAUCCCUUGACUCGCUGGGCCCAAUGUCCUACAAACGGUCGCGUAAGGACUUUGAAGUAGAUCUUCAAGCCCAGCAAUCGCCUUACGUCCUCUUCGGUACCCCACUACCGCCGCUCGAUCCCGACGUUCGCGAUGAUGGUUCUUACGUGCCAGUGUGGAAGCAGGAGGUGACAGACGAGCGGGGCCGCAAGCGUCUGCACGGUGCAUUCACCGGUGGUUUCAGCGCCGGCUACUUCAACACCGUCGGAUCGAAAGAAGGAUGGGCACCGAGCACCUUCGUAUCGUCGCGAACGAAGAGGUGGAAAGAUGGCCAAGGAAAAGACGAGGGGAAAGGGCAGCGCCCAGAGGACUUCAUGGACGAAGAAGACCUCGCCGAGAAAGCCGAGAGCGAAAAGCUGCAAACUGCCAGCGGGUUCGCUGGCCUGGGCUCCACCGACCAGGUUCAGGUCCGCCGUGGAGGACUGGCAGAUCUGUUCCGGCCAAGAGGCGAAACAAUGGGCGUGAAACUUCUGAAGCGAAUGGGCUGGAAGGAAGGCCAAGGUAUCGGUCCCAAGGUGCGUCGGAAAGCACGACUCGGAACAGGUGAAAAGACCAGCAACGAAGGUCAAGAGGGUGCCGAGACACAUCUCUUUGCUCCAGAAAAUGUCCCGAUGAUUGCUUUUAUCAAGAAGCUUGAUCGCAAAGGUCUAGGCUAUGCAGGUGAAGCCGCAUUAACUCCCGUAUCGUCCGGCACCAAUGUCAGAGCUGACGGGAGCUCUGACGAGGACGAGGACGAGGGUCCUUUGAUAAGACCAUCCGUCCAAAAGAAGAAAAAGGUCAAGUCCGUCAGGGGAGGGAUUGGAAUUGGAAUUCUCAAUGAUACUGGGUCCGACGACGACGAUCCGUAUGCAGUCGGGCCUCGGAUUUCAUACAACAGGGUUAUAGGAGGCGACAAGAAAAAGAAGAAGGCUCUUAAUACGACAAGCGCAAACCCGAGUGUGCGUUCAGCACCUGUAUUCAAAUCCAAGAAAAGUGCUUUGUCGAAAGCUGGGAAAAGCCUGAGGAGGUGCCACGAUGGUCGAUUGCCUCUAGAUGGUUUCGUUUUCUGCACAGUGCCAGACAAUUGCACGUCUACGAUAAACUCAGACAUCAAAUACCCACCACCGCAAAUACCGACUGACUGGAAAUCGGGCAAGAAUAAAGACGGCUCCGGCAAUUCUGCCUUCGUGUCCACAGCAGACGCGGCGAAAGCGUCGAACCUGGAUCCCAAAUCCCGUGCCGCUCUUCUCGGAGAAGCGCAAUUGCCUGGGAAGUCCGUCUUUGAUUUUCUGAAUCCUGCUGCCCGAGAUCGCAUCGCUUCCGCGACGGGAAAGGCCAACCUGCCACAAGCAUUAGGAGAGGUGCCAGAAGGCUAUGCUUUAACUCCAGAGGAGAAGCAACGUGAGUUGCUUGCUCAAAUACCCAAGCUGGAGAAGGAUACCGCAAUAGCUGCCAUUACCCGUGGGGCCAGUGGGACGGCUCCCUAUGCCGACGACGAGGCUAAACGUACGCGUUACCGUGCCUAUCUCGAAUACUCGGCGGGAUUCGGCAAAGCAUCUCUGCCCGUCAAACCAUCGACACAAAGCAAUGAGGAAUGGCUUCGGGAACUACGUGAGUUCCACAGCUGUGCUAUGAUAUUUAGGCCAAUGUCUGGAAUGAUGGCAUCGAGAUUUGCGCCCUCGACCUCCUCAAAGUUCAUUGGCGGAACUGAUGGAAACAAGACCGAGUUGGUUUCCAAACCUCUGCCAAAGCCCGCGGACCCAGCGGAGGAGGCUGCGAAGAUGGGCAUGUACGGCACUAUGACCAGAGCCACGAAGGACUUCUAUCCUACCAGACUUCUUUGCAAGCGAUUUAAUGUACCUCCCCCAGCCCACGUUCAGCCUGAUCCCGAAGCCGAGGCUGCGAUGCGGUCUGCGGCCAAUGCUAGCACAGAGGCAGGCUUUCCCUCUACCGCAAGUCACAAUGCUACGAAUAACACAGCCAUCACGCUUGAUGAGCUGCUACGACAGGCUCAAGACACAAAUAUAAGCACCGCCUCCGAAUCACAAGCAAUAAAAAGCACGGAAACUCGCACAAAGCCUGCUCCGGCAAUAGCCCAGGCUACGGUGGACGCCAGUGUCAAUGAAGCGCUUGAGAGUAAGCCAGCGCAAGAAGACGUUUUGAAAGCCAUCUUUGGCGAUAGCAGCGAUGAGGAAGACUAAAUACCUAGAGUUAUAUACCCAUUAAUUUGAAGGCAAUCAUGUACCCCCACUUGUGUUUGUAAACUCUUCAGCCUUGGUUCUCACAUUGAUUAUCACAAUGCCAUAUCUUUAAAACGAGAAUGUGAC